AUGAAUGCGAAUAACUCCAAAAGAAAGACCAUACUACCCUUACACAUAGACACAACAUCGUUUACAGGCGGCCAGACACAAAAUAGCGUGUGGCGAAGACUCAACAAACGACAAUUACCCAUCUUUAUCUUGCUAACGAUCCUGUUCUUCAGUUUAUUUCUAAACAUCAUCCAACACAACAAGCGAAACGCACCCACUUUCCAAGUACUCAGCUCCCACGACGCUUUACCUCCUAUUCCACUGACUGAAUAUCACCACGCUAUCAUCGUAGCAGGACACGCUAUCUACACUGGCCCUGAUGCCAUGGAGCAAUUAACAAACGAUAAAAACUGGAUACUAGAACCGUAUCAACAAGGCGGCCAAGUGAGUACAUUUAUACAGCACAUCCAAAAGGGCAUCGAUGUGUUGAAGCAGGACGAAAAAUCCGUCUUGAUAUUUUCCGGUGGUGAAACAAGACCCAACGCUGGUCCAAGAUCAGAGGCUUUUUCCUACUGGAAUAUCGCUCAAUCAUUAUUACACCAAGACGAUGGUCUAUCAGUCGAUUUGAAAGCAAGCAUCAGCGAGAGAAUGAUCACUGAAGAAUACGCCAAAGAUUCGCAUGAAAAUUUGCUGUAUUCCAUCUGCCGUUUCUCUGAAAUGACAGGCAACUACCCAAGUCAGAUUUCCGUCGUUGGAUUCGAGUUCAAAAGAAAGCGAUUUGAGGAUAUACAUAGAUACUCGAUAGGAUACCCAGUUGAACAAUUUCAUUACAUCGGUAUUGAUCCGACCGAUGAGGAUCCAGCCAGAGCAGAAGGAGAGUUGAACAAUUCGGUCAGACCAUUUGAAAAGGAUUUAUAUGGCUGUCAUGGCACAUUAAAGCAAAAGAAGAUGAAUAGAAACCCAUUCCGUAGAAGACAUCCUUACGCUACCUCAUGCCCCAUCUUGGCUCCACUACUCAACUACUGUCCCUCCAACAAUGCGCUCUACCAUGGUCCUUUACCUUGGGCUUUAUAA